AUGGAAGUUUUGGUUGUGCAGUUAUUUCACACUAGUCUCAAAGUUGCACAUAGUAAAUAUGCCGAAGAUAUUUUUGGAGAGCUAUAUCUGCAGGCAGGUAGUUUUGCCAUUCGGGUAAACACGCUUGGAGAAAGAAUUGAUCGCUUACAGGUCAAAGUAACUCAGCUUGACCCCAAAGAAGAGGAAGUUUCAUUGCAAGGUAUAAAUACAAAAAAGGCCUUUAAAAGUGACAUUACUCAGGAUCAGCAACUCUUCGUACGUCAGUCGCUUUCUGCUCCCGUUCAAGAUACCUACAGCAUAUGUGACACCCCUCCUCCACUAAACAACCUUUCGUGCUACAGAGAUGAUGGGAAAGAAGCUUUGAAAUUUUACACAGAUCCUUCCUACUUCUUUGACCUGUGGAAAGAGAAGAUGUUGCAAGAUACCAAGGAUAUCAUGAAAGAGAAACGAAAGCAUAGGAGAGAGAAGAAGGAUAAUCCUAACAGAGGGAAUUUGAAUCCAAGGAAAAUCAAAACAAGGAAGGAAGAGUGGGAAAGACUGAAAAUGGGUAAAGAGUUUGUGGAACCGAAAAACCUGAUUGGUGGCCCAGGGCAGCUAACAGAUGCUAUGUACCAGAAUGGUAGUAUAAGCUCAGGAGAGGGAUUUGACAUGAGUCCAAGCUUCCCAUCACCAACAGCAUAUGAUUCUGGAUCUCCUGUUCCCCCCAUGUCCUUGGAUGACAGCCUACCUCCACCUCCUCCUGAUUUCAGCUAUCCAGUGGAUACUAGAAGAGGCUCUGGUUCUUCUGGCACAAAACGGUCAAGUCUUGUUAGUCCAAGUCAUCCACCACCAGCACCACCCAUCAGUUCUCCAGCAGCUGGUAGACCAGGCUUUGCACCACCUGCAGCCCCACCCCCACCUCCACCCACACCAGGGGGUCUUCCUCCUCUCAUACCAUCUACUCCACCUCCUCCUCCUACCCCUGUUUAUUCCUCCCAGACCCAGUCAGGAUUUGGUGGAACAUUCCCUGGCAUUGCUCCACCUCUAACGCCUCCACCUCCACCUUCCCCAGUUGAUAUUUCUCCAAUCCCUCCACCUCCCAUGCCCACUUCUGGGGGCCCCCCCCCACCUCCUCCUCCACCACCACCACCAGCUAUGGGAGUACCUGGUAUGCCACCCCCACCACCACCCGUGACUCAACCUACUCCUCAGAAGUCUCAGUCUUCCUUGCCACCAGUUAGUGAUGCAAGAAGUGACCUUCUGGCAGCAAUUCGACAAGGAUUCAAUCUUCGCAAAGUAGAAGAGCAGCAAGAGCAGGAAAAGCGAGACCAUCUGGGUAAUGAUGUAGCCACAAUAUUAUCUCGUCGUAUUGCAGUGGAGUACAGUGACUCAGAAGAUGGUUCAUCUGAGUUUGAUGAGGAGGACUGGUCAGAUUAAGUGACAUCUGCUGUCCUCCUUUUAACUGGAAGACCAUGGACCAGAUCUCCAUUCCACCAAAAAUGCAGUGAUUCAGUGUGUAAAUGCAGUUAUCCUAAAGAGGCCUGGUAAUAAGCCAAGUUCAGAAACACAGGCAAGCUUCUUGCAGCAUCAGUAGCCAUUUUUGCCUUAAUGAGCAGCUGACCCUAGUAAUGGUUUUGUCCUUUGGUCAUAUCAGUUAUAGCAAUAUAUUGCAAAUCUUAGAUGCUAGAUAUUCAGCAAGUGGUCAUAAAAACAUCAACAUAUUUAUGUAGUGUUAACUCUGCAUUUAGAGGAAGUAAUUUGCAGGUGUGCAAUAUGAAUAUUACACCAUCCAAAAAUGUAUUUUCUAGGACAGAAGUUUUAUGUUUGGUGUAGCCAUCACUAUGGUUUAAAGAGGAGAAUAUGUGUAAAUUUGUCUCUAAAAAGUUAUACAUUGAGAUAAAAAAUAAUGCCUGUUUUGUUUAAUACUUUAUAGCAUGUAGUGUUUUGUGUCAGGUUUAGUCAGUAUUUCCUCAUGGUCUCUAAAGAUUUUAGACUGUUUUAAUAAGGUAAAAUAAAGCUGCUGAUGAUGAAAGCAAAAAUUGUUUUGCAUUAAAAAAUAUAUACAGUUAACCAGUCCUUAACCAUUUUGUAGGUUAAAAUUUGAAUGUCAUUGUGACUUCUUUUCUUUUUUAAUUGGUGUAGGGGACAGUCUUAAGUGCAUUUCCUUACUUUAGAAAACAAAAUGUUUGUAAACAUAUUAAAUACUUAUUAAAAGCAAGCACAGAUAUAAUUAGGUAUGACACUGCAUUUGAUGCAUGCAGUCCACAAAUAAAAAAAUUGACCUGACAUCAAACAUAACUUGAGGUCAGCAUUUAGUAUGAGAAAUAUCAAUCUCAGGAAGUACAGACCGAAAACUUUAUGAAUUGUGAGAAGAAACUGCAUGGGCUUUUACUGUGUAGUAGCAGAAACAUAUAAAUAUGCUGCUGUAGGUUGCAGGAACUGCAGCAUCAGUCUUCCAGUCACUACAUAAAUACAGGCUCUUAAGUUAACAUAUUAUUGAAAAAAAACUAUUUCACUUGGAACCUAUGUUAGGUUCUGUCAGGAGGAGGCUGCCCAUUCUACAUAUUGGUUUCUGUAAAUUAUGCAAAUUUUCACAUUUCUGAAAAGAUUAAUGCAACCAGUGGGAGUAAUUUUUUUUAACAGAAUAACCAUGUUGAUAAAAAAGUACUAAUAGCAAGUAAAAUACUCCAGCCUUACAUCUUUGCUUGUUUACUGUAUUACUGCUGUAACUAAACUGUUAAUACCAAACUUGCCACAAACUGGUGCAGCAGGUCAGGUAUCUAUGCAAUUUUUUUAAAUCCUUUGUUAGUUGCACAAUUUUAACUUUUUUUCAUUGCUUAAUUAGUGUGUAAUUACAUGUUAUUUGGCCAAACCCACCAACAUAUAGCUGUAAAGUGAAGAAAAAGUGUUGUCUUUUGUUCUAGUCUUUAUUGUUGUAUCAGUAAUUAACUCACAAGAGCUUAUGCUUUGGUGUGAUGAUUUGUUCUGAACUGUUCCAAUCGGUUGGUGCAGUGGGUGUCUCAGGUUUGUGUAAUUAGCCUUGUCUGAAGAAGGGACCAGUAUAUGUGGGUUUAAAGAUGUUCAGCUUUGAAAGGUUGGUCAGAGCUGAAGGUCAUUUUCUUAAAAUUUUGUUUAAAGGAUUGUUUACUGAACGGAAAUGGAAAAAAAAAUGAGGAUAUUUUUCACAACUGAGAGAAAAAAUACUGUGUUUAGUUAGAUUCCGUUAUAUUUUUGAGUUGGGAGUCUCAGACAGUUCUUUUAAUUCUUUCAACUUUCUGUAGCCCAACUUGGUUUUGAUUUCAAAAGUGAAUUCAGUUUUGUUGUAUUGGAGUAAUACUAGUGGUAGUCUAUCUUUAAUACUAACAGAUAAGUCCAUUUUAAUAGGUUAGAACCUAGUUUGUAAAAAGUACAUGUUGGCUAAGCUAAGAAGUUCAGUUUUGUAGUGUUUUUUUUUAUUUUGUAAGUACUGGCUGUCUUGAGCUUGAUAAUGUAAAUUAUUGCUACAUAUCACAACUGUAAAAUUUAUACAAGCUUAAGCAAAACUGUGAUAAGCAGCAGGUAAAACAGGUGAUCAAUUGAGAGCCUGAAACAAAUGGUUUAACUCUACAAGCAGUGACUGUGGCAUUUUGGUUACGGAUUCUGAUUUCUGAAGAUCUGAAGUGAAGUGGCGUUUAAUGCCCUAUAAAGGGAAGUACUAUCUAGAGAUGAUUUUCUUUAGUUCUUACAUUCACUUUGUCAACAAGUCACUGAAAGUUGUAGUCUUGAUGGUAAUAGCCAUUGAAAUCCAUUUUGCAGAUGCGAAGAAAAAUAUGAUCUAGUAUAGUGUGCAGUAUAUUACAGAACAGAAAUGUCUUGUAGUUUAUCAAAAUGAGAUAUUAAAUUAUUCAAUGAAUCUGCUGUCAUGAAUUACUUUUAAAAUGAAUUCACAUUUUGCUGGUAUGCUACGUGGUUAAUAAAAGUGAACAUGGGUCCCAGCUAAAGUGUUUGUUGUUGCCAGUAGGUUCCACUAAGGUGGUGGUGAGAGUUGCUUUGCCCUUCCCUGUCAGAUAUGUUGCCUUUCUGCAUUGGUUAAGCUAUCUCCCUGUGCAUGGACAGAGUAGUUGUACAGUGGUAGUGUUGCUACCUCAUUGUUUGGCUGUGUUAUGCAGAGUUUGCCGUCCUUCAUCUCCUGGUGCUUUUACCAUGGUCUCCAUUUUCCUCCUGCAACCCAAGGGGCUGAAGGUAGGUAGGUAAUAUGGAGAUCCUACAGAUUACCUUAAAGUCUGUGUGUGAUUGGGUGUAUGUCCCACAAAUAUACAUGCACUAGAUUUGGAAUCCCAUACAGGACUAGUUUCGUGCCUUAUACCUGUUUCUUUACAGUGAUGAUUAUGGAGUCCGUUUCAUCAAUGAAUAAGAUAAAGCAGGUAUUGCAGAAUGAAUGAAUUCAGUGGUUGAAUUCUCCUGUACAGGAAAAGAGAGGGGAAGUAUUUGCAUAAAUGGGAAUGUCAAACUCCAGGUCUUUGUCAGAAAAGGCCAUUAUCUGUUUCAUAAGCUAUAUGCCCCACAGCAUUUUUGGGUUGAUAUGCCUUUAGUUUGCAACAUUAUACUGAAGGGAAUGUAAUGAAUGUAAUAUUCUGAAACACAGAUCUAUUUGGAAGCACACCACAUUUUGUGUUGUUUUAUCAUUUUAACCUGGGAGUGUGGGUUUAUAGCAUAAAGCUACAGUUCCCAUAUUAAAUUUCACUUAGUUUGUAGAAGGAACUUGAAGCAUUGCUAGUUAGUGCACUCCUCUACCAGCUUGUGAGGCCAGGAAGGUAGGGGGGGAAUAAGGAAUUCUGAGGUGCAGUUAAGCACUUUGCCACCUAGUCUUGUCUUCCCCAACCAAGGCAUUGCAGUUGCCCCGCACAUGUACAAUGCAGUGUCAAGACAGUCUUGCACCAUGUUUCCAAGAAGGAUGGUCAACUAUCUGUUAAACAUGUAGCUUCAGUGUUCAGAGCUGAAAGAAACAGUCACUGUUGAUCAGUAGCUUGUCAGCUUCCUCUCCAAAUGUUACUAGACAAAUCUGUAAGAUGCAAUACUCAGUUUAUUUUGGAUUGGCAUUAUUGUUACCAGAGAAACUUGAGUCCAGUAACUGAGCAAAAUCAAGUGCAUUUCUGUUCAUGGUAAGUGUAGUUUUCAUUGUCAGUUCUUUUCGCCAUUUUUAAUGUUUGCCAAGAAGGACAUUGGUUUAGUUUCUGUAGCUUCUGCCAGUUAAUGCCAUGGCCACUUUUUGGUUGGUCAUUCUGUAUAAAAAUGCUGGUUGGUCAUAUAAUUCUACUUGUACUAGAUAAGUAGUCAUUUCAUUUCAGGAAUAAAAAGCCUUAGUGGCCAAUAUUUCAAAAUAACAUUCCUUUCAGAACUAAAAUGAGUUAGAAGGAGCAAGACUCUGGUUAAUAUUGCUGAGAAGGAAAUGUGUUAUUUCAGGCAAAGCUGUUUCACUCACAGCAUAUCUUACAACUUAAGAUGUAGCAGCUACGUGACUGUGCCACAUGUAUCAUCGUCUUGACAAGUCUGCACUGUUUCUUUGUAGAAUGUGGCACUUGACAGACCAUGAACUGAAUUAAAUUAUUUGCUUUGUCCCUGUAUUUUGGUGAAAUUAGUGUUAACGUUCAGUAAAAGUGAUGGAUGAAAUGGCAUCUAGGUGUGGUCAUUGCUUCACAGCUGUGCUGUUCAGCUGCAGUAAGCUGCACAUUGGUAGGAGACUGCUUUAGGAAAUUUCCGGUGAUAUUCUCCAGAGUUUGGUGGUGGUCUUGUUUGAACCACUUGGCUGCUGGCCUGCUGGCUCAUGUAUGGUGCUCUAGGAUUCAUGUAGAGCUUCCCUUUCCUAGUAGGUAGAGAUAUCCCACCACCCUGCAUUGCUUGUUUUCAUUAUCUCUACUCUUCAAUGAACAUUGGCAGAUUAUUCCACAGGACACCUCCAUCAAAUCUUGUUCGCUUUAGGGUGGAAUACCUCUCUUUACAAGUACUGGUCUGUUUUAAAAUAGUUUCUCAUUAAUGAUGAAUGUAUCACUAACGACCAUAAGAUAAACGUGCCUUUGUCAUUUAAGCUGUUUAUUAUAUCAGUGCACUGUUACAUUCUGCCAUUUAGAUAAGUGAUAACUACACAUUCAUCCAUCUGCGUGAAACUGCAACAUUUAUAAUAUUCUGAACACUGUGCACAUCCCAGACAUAUUGGUGUAGAUUCAUUUUCUCUUUGAAUGGCAAUAAAUUAAUCUUAUUUAAUCUUUGGAUAAGUAAACUGAUUUGGAGAAACCUAUUUGUUACAUACUGAGUUUCUGUUAUCAAAUUGCAUGUACAUUAACUGUGUACAGUAAUGGCAUGAUAGCAAAAUGUAGUCUAUCAACAAAACAAUUGGUUGUAACUCACUACACAUUUUGAUAAGACCAUUUAAAACUUCACACCCCAUUACAAACUGUGAUGAAUGCAAAAUCAAGGGUGCCGUUAUAAAAUCCAAGUAGCUAAAUCUCAGUAGUUAAUGAUUUUGUGAUUUUAAAACUAUUAGAUAACGCAUUCUGCAGGUUUGUAUCCAGUAUGUCCAAGUAAAAAUGUAAUGUCCAGUUUUUAGCUGCCUAGAGCUUUUGACCGCUGGUGACCUUACUGUUUCGGUUGUACAUUAGUUUGGUGCUUUUUGUGACUGGCAAACACCUUAAUUUUUUAAAAUAUAUUUGUAUUCUGUCUACAUUUUCUAUGUACGUCACCUUGGACUUCCAAAGGUUUUAUAUUUGGUUGUAAUGGGUUUGAUCUUGUUAAAAAGGGAAUGGUAUUGAUUUUAAGUUACUAAUCAUUGUAAUGGCCAUGCAUUGCAUGGGACAGUAUACAUUCGAAAAAUUUGCUAUUGCUAAAUAAAAUCACAUCUUGAAUGAUAAAAUAUGACUUUGUGGAAGCUUUGCCAACUAAUAAAGUUGCAAUAUAAUAAAACUGUAAUUUGAUACUGA